AUGUUCCCCCGAUCCCUCCUUGCCCGCAUUUUUGCGCUGCUCCUUCCGCUCACACUCUCGGCGACGGUCUACCUCUACCUCUACCCAGUCUUCAAUGGCUGCGCAUUUCCUAUACCUCGAUCGGCGUCAUCGAAAACAGAAAACCAAACGAUCCUGAAAACUCUCCUACAAAAUGCCGCUACCAACACCUUCCUACAACAUCUCGGAAUCACCGACCCUUCGGCGGACACCCAACCCGCAAUCUUCAGACUCCUAGUCCUUGCAGACCCGCAGCUUGAGGGCGAUACGUCGUUGCCACUGCCCGAGUGGAAACUGGCUGCGCGUGCCCGCAAGCACUGGAAGGCUGUAGAGGAUGCGGUGGGAAAUGUCCCGGCCGAUACCUCCCUUCCGAUGUCUCUCCUGAACCAGAAUGUUCUCUCCAAUAUCACCACUGGGAUCUGGACCUUGACAACUGAAGACAUCCCACGGUCUUUGCGCGCCGUCCAGAAGCAGAUCGAUCUCCUGGGAAACGACUACUACCUCGCCCACAUCUACCGCACCCUGUUCUGGUGGACCUUGCCGACACACACAACCGUGCUGGGAGACCUUCUUGGGAGUCAAUGGAUCGACGAUGAUGAGUUCAAUUGGCGAAGCCAGCGCUAUUGGACCCGUGUUCUUAGCGGUGGACAACGCGUAGACGACCAUAUAACUCGCACGGGGGCCGUCGAGGGCGAUGCUGCCGAGAAGCAGGAGUUGGAGCCAUUGGGACCAAACUCCGAUCCAGCUUGGGCGAGACGGGUCAUCAAUAUUGCGGGAAACCACGAUAUUGGCUAUGCAGGGGAUGCGAGCGAGGCGCGAAUUGAGCGUUUCGAGCGCGAAUUUGGCCGUGCCAAUUGGGAUGUUCGCUUCCAGCAUCCUCCCAUUGUACUUGGAGGAAAUCAGUCUGAGGUGUCUUCUGAUAAGUCGACGAUCACUCCGACUUUGCAUCUGAUCAACUUGAAUACUCUUAUUCUUGAUACACCGGCACUGUCUGAAGCCGCUCAGUCACACUGCUACAAUUACCUCAACGAUCUUAUUAGCAAGCGCCUCUACCCAGUGGAGGAUCGAUCCACUUUUACGUUGCUUCUCACUCAUUUGCCUCUGCACAAGGAGGAUGGAGUAUGUACCGAUGGGCCGUAUUUUACUUUCCACGAUGACGAGGAUGAUGAUGGGCCUGAUGGUGUCCCCCGCUGGAAGAAAGGUGGUCUACGAGAGCAGAACCACCUAAGUGACUUUCUCAGUGCUUCGGGAAUCUUGCAGGGUAUUUUUGGCAUGAGCGGAGAUGAAAAUGCUCCGGCUGGUGGGACCGGCCGCAAAGGACUGGUCCUCACCGGUCAUGACCACACCGGCUGCGAUACCGUUCAUUAUGUGGACCACAAUCCUGACGUGAGCGAAGACGGAGAAUCAGGUGAUAAAGCUUCGGAUAAUACCCCCUCACAGAGCUGGAAGUGGACCGCCACGCGAUACAACGAGUCCUUCGUGCAACCGGAGACUCCAUCCAUCCGUGAAGUAACACUUCGCUCGAUGAUGGGCGAUUUUGGUGGAAACGCGGGUCUUCUUUCGAUUUGGUUUGAUGUUGACCUAGGCGAGUGGGAUUAUGAGAUCAUGAUGUGCCCCGCUGGUGUACAGCAUAUCUGGUGGGCGGUCCAUGUUCUCAUUCUUAUCACUAUUAUUGUUGGUUUCCUUUGGAUGGUUGUUACUGUGGCCGAUCCUGGUGCAGAACCUGCGAAGGAGACAGUCCAAGAUGUUCCGAAGCCGAUAAAGGAGAGGGUGAGAGGCCAUCCUUCAGGCAGCAAAUAUCGCAGGAGCAAGAAACCGGAGGGGCCGGUAGAGUGA